GAAAAGAUGGCCUCGACUAGACGACUCGUCUCGCUCGCGGCGAGCCAUACGCCCCGACGACCCCCUCUUCCCGCUACGCGACCCACAUGUCCUACGAGGGCUGCACAGAUCAAGCCGCGCGGGCUCGUCACAGCUGCGUCCACGCCAGGAUCCUCUGGCGGACCCCCUGGCGGUGCGCGCGUCGGCACCGUCUUCUGGACCCUCGUCGGCGCCGGGAUAGCCGCGACGUCGUAUGGCCUGUACAGCUACCUCGACUCCUUUCGCACCUGGCCUGCCGAGCUUCGGCCCGACCUGCGAGCGGCCCUCAAGGCGCAGAGGGCCGGCGACGUCCGGCGGGCCGAGGCAAUGUACAGACAGGCACUCACAAACGCCCUCGCCAUGGAUCGGGCAAAAUUGGAGCCGAAUAUGCUGCUCAAGCUGUCGGGCCUCUUCAUCGCCCUCGGCAGCUUUUUCGAGGAGCAGGGCCGCCUGCUUGAGGCCUACGACGCCUAUCAUGACGGCCUGGACUUUGUACAGGAGCAGGCCACGACGGGCGAAGAGAGGAUGCGGGGUGUGGCUAUUGCGCAGAAGCUCGGCGACCUAGCGAGAAUCGCCGAGGUGGCGAGAGAGCUGCCGCCAAUUAGCCAGAGUGCAGCGGCAGAAGAGGACGGCGGCGUGACGUCGGUGGCGGAAAAGCACCUCAGAUGGAGCGUCGAGGAGCUGCUCAGGCUCCUGCCCGUCGUGCCACAGAACAACCAGCCCGGGCAAGAGAUGACCAACAGAGAAGAGGCGACGCUUCUGUCGGACCUCGACCUACCGCCGUGGGUGAGCAGGACGUCGCUGGGCGCCUCGCUCGAGGCGCUGGGCCAGCUGUAUGCGGCCCAGGGCCGUGCAGAGUACGCGGUCCCGCUCUACAUCCAGGCGCUGGACCUGCUCAUGCCCUCGGACAAGGCCAAGCGGCGGCAGCAGGGACGAGGGGAGCCGACUGCAUCGGAGCGGUGUCGCGCAGGCAUUCUCAUGAACAAUAUCGCACAGCUCCUCGUCGAUGACCGCCGUGCCAAGGACGGUCCACGCAAGGUGCACGAGGCCCUCUCCUGGGCCAUCAAGGGCCUCGACAUUGUUGCCUAUACCCAGCGGGCCGCCGGCUGGGACGGCAAGGCAGGCCCGGGCGUUGGCACCGUCGUUGAGAGCGAUGCCGUCAGGACGCAGCAGGUGCGAAACGAGUGCGCAGCGGCAGAGGUCGCCCUCUUGUGGAAUCUGGGCGAGCUGUCAAGGAUGAACAAGGACGACUGCAAGGCGCGCAGCUUCUGGCAGCGUGCCUAUCAGCGUGCCGACGCCUACGGCAUGCGCGAGGCCCGCUCCCGUGCCGCCCAGGGUCUCUCCCAGCUGGAGCGGACGUCACCAGCUGCGAGCAGAAAUUAGUCGUCAUGUAGUAGUAGUAGUAGUAGUAGUAGUGAUAGUGCUACAGCAUCUUGGCAAUGUACAAAAAGUAGU